AAGUGACAGCCAAAUGCUAAAGUGAAUGAAAUUUAAGAAAAUGGCUUUAUUAACCACGAUUAAUAACAUGUAAAUGUGCUUUGGAUAGUUGUCAGGCCCCAAUAAUAUUUCUGAGUAAGGACCUGUUGAUGUAGUUAGUGUAACCUAUCCAAGCUGUUACCCAGGUGACUGAAAAAUACUACAUUUUAUCAUUUUUAUACAUUUUAUCUUUCAGAAAGCAAUGGAGCAAUCUGAGAGGACAAAGAGAAGAAAAAUAGCUGCGAAAGUUGUUGAACAUUUACGUCUCGUUUCACAGCAGAAUGAGUUAGAUCAUCAUCAGGACUUAAUUUUUUUCUCAGAUUCUUUUGAGAAUAAACCCCUUGUGGAAGAGUACCAUGAUUGCGAUGAACAUGCUGGAGUCAGUUCACAAAAUGAACAAUCUGCAGACAUUUUUUAUGAUGCUUUGGACUUUGACGUGUUUCCUGAAGACUCUGAAAGUGGGGUGUCUGAGUUUAAUGAAUUUGAUCUGGACGAUGACUGUUUCGAUUCUGAUGCUUUUUCAGACACACCAGAUGAUACAAAAGGACUUGCAGAGUGGGCUGCAGAAUACAAUGUGUCACAUAAUGCUUUGUCUGCCCUUCUUAAAAUUCUUAGACAGAAAGGUCUUAAUGUACCACUAGAUGCUCGAACAUUGAUGUCAACUGCCCGCAAAUGUAAUGUGAUAAAUGUGGCUGGGGGAUCAUACUACCAUUUUGGUUUAAAGAAUUCAAUUGUUGCAGCAUUGGAGCUUUUAGAUUUUGAUUUAAAGAAACUAACAAACAAUCUAACACUUAGAAUUAAUGUUGAUGGUCUACCUUUAUUCCGCAGCAACAAUGUUAGUCUGUGGCCUAUUCUGGGUAGAAUCAAGGAGAUCCCAAAUUGUGAUGUUUUUGUGAUCGGGUUAUACUCAGGUACAACCAAACCUUCUAAUGUACAGGAGUACUUGAAUGACUUUGUACAAGAUGUAAGGGCAAUUAUACAAGAUGGAGUUCAGUAUAAUGGUGUCCAUUUCAGUGUUGCUGCUCCAGAUGCAUUCAUUUGUGAUGCACCUGCUCGUGCUUUUCUUAAAUGUGUGAAGGGACACACUGGCUAUUAUGCGUGUGAGCGGUGCACUCAAAAGGGCAUGUAUGUGAAUAGGAGAUUGUGUUUUCCUGAAAUUUCUGCUGAGAAAAGGACUGAUGAGACUUUUCGUGCUAUGGCCUACAAAGAGCAUCAGGUUGGGGUGUCACCUCUGAAUGAGUUGGGUGUGGGACUAGUCUCAGGUUUUGUGCUGGACUAUAUGCACCUUGUGUGUCUGGGGGUAAUGCGAAAACUUAUUUAUCUUUGGUUAAAAGGUCCCCGAAAAUGCAGACAGUCUAUGCAAAUUCUAACCGUGAUUUCAGCAUUCAUGGUUUCUGUCAGGCAACAUUUGCCUAAAAGUUUUGCAAGGAAACCAAGAUCUCUCCUUGAAAUUAGCAUGUGGAAAGCAACUGAAUUGAGACAAUUUUUGCUUUACACAGGCCCAGUUGUUUUAUUUAAUAAUAUACCAAGCCAAAUGUAUAGACACUUUAUACUUUUAUUUGUAUCUAUAAGAAUUCUUCUUAGUCCUGAUUUGUGUAUUGAGAACUGUGAUUAUGCAGAGGAUGUUUUAAAGCAGUUUGUGAAAGAUUUUGGUUCGAUUUAUGGUCUUGAAUUUGUUGGUUAUAAUGUACAUAAUUUAAUACACCUAGCUGAAGAUGCGAAAAAGUUUGGACCUUUGGACAGUAUUUCCUGCUUCCCAUUUGAAACCUUCCUGGGUAAACUGAAAAAGAUUGUGCGGAGGCCUCAUAAACCUGUGGAACAAAUUGUCAAGCGCGUCUAUGAGACGCAAAGUAUUCAGAAGAAAAGAAAAGAGAGGAUGUCUGUUCCCUCUCCUCUUAAACAGCCUCAUAACUCUGGACCAAUAACAAGUGAUCUUGGAACUUUUAAGCAGUACAGAAAAUACACUGAUGGACAGACAUAUGUUUCUUGCUCCAUGGGAGAUAACUGUUUCAAUGUAGGGGGAAAAAUUCUUAUUGUGGCAAACAUUUUACAGGAUUGCCAAGUUGUCAAAGCACUGUGUCAGGUCUUUGAAAACUGUAAUGCCUUUUUCAGCUAUCCAUUGGACUCAACAUGCCUUGGAAUUUACUUUGUUUCAAAUCUGUCUAAACAAAUGAAUCUUGUAUUACUUGAUGAACUAAAACAGAAAAUGGUGCUUUUGCCACUGAAGUCUGGAUAUGUGGCAUUGCCACUGCUGUACUAGUUGGCUUCUUUUUGCUUUCUCACCAGCAUGCAUCCAUUUGCAGUUGUUGAUUUUCUGGAUGGUGGAGGUGUAUCCAUAAUUCCUUGCAAGUGGUUUACAGGACCAGCGGAAGAUUCUUGUUUCUGGCCACCAGGGAGAGUCAAUAUCAAUAAGGCUGUAAAGGAUGGAGUUACUCCAGAUGCAAACUGGUCACAGUACAGAGUUCGCAUCUUGGGGAAAGCUGAAAACUAUGAAA